AUGGAGGCGACGACGGUGAUGUCGCAGGGUGGCGGCGGCAAGGACAACAGCGGCGGCGGCCGACGGAGGCAGCGGUACCGCAUCGAGACCAGGGCGCUGUCGUACGUGCUCCCGCCGCGCGGGGCGCGCUUCAUCCCGUGGUCCGCGUCCGCCGCCGGGGCCGGGGGGAAGGAGGAGGACCAGAGGCUGCUGCUGCGCGGCGUCACGUGCGAGGCGCCGCCGGGGGAGCUGGUGGCGAUCGUGGGGCCGAGCGGCGCGGGCAAGACGACGCUGCUGUCGGUGCUGGCCGGGUCGGCGGACCCAGCAAGGGUGGCGGGCGGGGAGGUGCUGGUGAACGGGCUGCCCAUGGACGCCGCCAGGUUCCGCCGCGUGUCGGGGUACGUGCCGCAGGACGACGCGCUGUUCCCGGCGCUCACCGUCGAGGAGUCGCUCGUGUACAGCGCGCGCCUGCGCCUGAGGCUGCGCGGCGUGGGCGGCGGGGGCCCGUCGUCGUCCGGCGCGGCGGAGGACCGGGCGCGGGAGCUCAUGGCGGAGCUCGGGCUGGACCACGUCGCCGCGUCCAGGGUAGCCGACGUGUCCGGCGGCGAGCGCAGGCGGGUGUCCAUCGGGAUGGACCUCGUGCACGACCCGGCCGUGCUGCUGCUGGACGAGCCCACGUCGGGGCUCGACUCGGGGUCCGCGCUCCACAUUGUCAAGAUGCUCAGGGACAUGGCCGCCAAGCACGACAAGACCGUCGUGCUCACCAUCCACCAGCCCGGGUUCCGCAUCCUCGAGCUCAUCGACCGCGUCGUGCUCCUCGCCGACGGCGCCGUCCGACACCACGGCUCCCUCGACUUCCUCCAGUCACGCCUCAUCGCCACGGGCCACGCCAUCCCCGCCCACGUCAACGUCCUCGAGUACGCCAUGGAGACCGUCGACUCCCUCAAGCCCGACGUCGCCGUAGCAGCCACUGCGGUCACCGCCGCCGCCGCUUCGGCGAACCCGGUGCCCGCAUCCGCGCGGCAAACGGGGUACGCCAACUCGCCCGCGGCGGAGGUGCGCAUCCUGGCGGGCCGGUUCGCCAAGACGGUGCUGCGGACGCCGCAGCUGUUCGCGGCGCGGAUGGCGCAGUCGGUGCUGGCCGGCGCGUUCCUCGGCAGCAUCUUCCUGGGCACCACCGACCUGCAGUCCCGCCUCGGCUUCUUCGCCUUCAACCUCACCUACCUGCUCUCCUCCACCACCGAGGCGCUGCCCGUGUUCCUACACGAGCGCCGCAUCCUGGAGCGGGAGACCUCCCGCGGCGCCUACCGCGUGUCCUCCUACGUCGCCUCCAACGCCGCCGUCUUCCUGCCGUUCCUGCUCGCCGCGGCGCUGCUCUACGCGGCGCCCGUGUACUGGCUCGUGGGCCUGGCGCGCGAGCCCGCCGCCUUCGCCUACUUCGCGCUCGUUGUCUGGCUCGUCAUGCUCACCGCCAACUCCUUCGUCGCCUGCCUCAGCGCGGUGGCGCCCAACUACAUCGUGGGGAACUCCAUCGUCGCGGGGCUCAUCGGCUGCUUCUUCCUCUUCUCCGGCUACUUCGUGGCCAGCACGAACAUCCCGCGCUACUGGGUGUUCAUGCACUACGCCAGCCUGUUCAAGUACCCGUUCGAGGCCCUGGUGGUGAACGAGUACGGCGGCGCGCGCGGCGCCAGGGAGUGCCUCGCCUCGGCCGGCGGCGGCGCGGGGGCGCUCUGCGUGCUCGACGGCGCGGGGCUGCUGCGGCAGCAGGGGAUGCGAGAGGGCAUGCGGUGGACCAACCUGGGCGUCAUGAUCGGCUUCGUGGUCGGCUACAGGCUGCUCUGCUUCGUCUUCCUCUGCAUCAGGUGCCACCGCACGAGGAGGUGA